GCAGCCAAUUCCCCGCAUGUCCUGUAUCACUCUCUUCACUCCACAAUGCUCUCCGGAAUCCUUAUAUUUAACCAGAAAGGCGAGAACCUCAUAUUUCGCGCAUUCCGCAAUGACUGCCGCCCCCGCCUCGCCGAUGUCUUCCGCAUCCAAGUAAUAUCCAACGCGCAAGUUCGUUCGCCUAUCCUCACCCUCGGCUCCACGACCUUCAGCCAUGUCAAACACGAGAACAUAUAUCUGGUGGCAGUGACGAAGAGCAAUGCCAAUGCGGCGCUGGUGUUCGAGUUCUUGUAUCGAUUGGUGGGACUGGGAAAGGCCUAUUUCGGCAAGUUCGAUGAGGAGGCUGUGAAGAAUAACUUCGUGCUGGUAUACGAGCUGUUGGACGAGAUCUUGGACUUCGGAUACCCACAGAAUACGGAGACGGACACGUUGAAGAUGUACAUCACAACCGAGGGCGUCAAGUCGGAAAGAGCUAUGGAGGACUCGUCAAAAAUCACUAUGCAAGCCACGGGCGCCCUGUCGUGGCGGCGGGCUGACAUCAAAUACCGCAAGAACGAAGCUUUUGUCGACGUAAUCGAAGAUGUGAACCUUCUCAUGUCUGCGACCGGCACAGUAUUGCGGGCGGACGUCAAUGGCCAGAUCAUCAUGCGAGCAUACCUCUCAGGGACACCAGAAUGCAAAUUCGGGCUCAAUGACCGAUUAACCCUCGGCGAGGACCAUCUUCAGCAACCCUCAGGGAACAAGGCGGGCGCGAAAGCGACAAGAGCAGCAGCUGGCAGUGUGACGCUCGAAGACUGCCAAUUUCACCAAUGCGUCAAGCUUGGCAAGUUUGAUGCGGACAGGAUCAUAUCAUUCAUCCCACCAGAUGGCGAGUUCGAGCUGAUGCGGUACCGGGCGACGGAGAAUGUCAAUCUACCUUUCAAGGUCCACGCCAUCGUGAAUGAAGUCGGAAAGACAAAGGUCGAGUACAGCAUCGCCAUCCGCGCCAACUACGGUUCCAAGCUUUUCGCUACCAAUGUCGUAGUGCGGAUACCAACGCCCCUCAACACUGCCAGGAUUACUGAGCGGACAUCGCAGGGUAAAGCGAAGUAUGAACCAGAGCACAAUAACAUUGUCUGGAAAAUCCCACGCUUCACAGGACAGAGCGAGUUUGUCCUAAGUGCAGAGGCCAGUUUAACAAGCAUGACGAACCAGAAGGCAUGGUCAAGACCACCGCUUAACCUGAGCUUUUCGCUCUUGAUGUUCACAAGUUCCGGGCUACUGGUGCGAUACUUAAAGGUCUUUGAGAAGAGCAACUACAGCAGCGUGAAGUGGGUACGGUACAUGACAAGAGCGGGUAAUUAUGAAAUAAGAUUUUAAGUUUUUUUUAAUAUACAUGCGAUAGCUAAGACGCUACGGAUGCAUUGCAGGCGUUUGGAGCCAUUCCUAAGAGCAUUGAGUUGCGUAUAUAUGUUGGGCUUAUAGAAAUCCAAUCCCAUGGUUCGCUUGCCCAACCACAACAACAACCACGGAUGAAUAGCGUUAAAAUGGAAGAAACUCUACGUAGAGUGUUAAAACGAGAAGCAUAAGAGCGAAAGCCUUCACUUCAGCCCAUAUUCAUCGAUGCAUCACGACUAACCUUGCUCAACAUGCCCAAAUUAACCCUUAGCCAGACGAAGGGCUGCACUACCAAGUCAGGCUUAAAAAUCGACCUAUGCAGGCCCAGGCAGCAGCCGGUGGCAGCGCCUAGAGAAGCUGAUGAUACGAACAAUGACGAUAACGGCCGCUCCAACAAGCGGCGCCGGCAGGAAGAUGCAGUGGAGAUCG